CUGUUAGCAAUUCAACAGCAGCGCAAAAGAAAAAUACAAAAACAAAAAGUGCAUAAAUAAACUAUACAACUUAUUUUUUUUGCUAAUAUUUAGAUUGACACGAUAGAAAGCAACACAAGUGUUUUUGAAAACAACACAAGUGUAUGGCUUGCAAUAGCUGAAGAAAAUGCGUCAUAUUUACACCAAAUAAUUUACUUACGCUACGUUAUUUUAAAACAAAAGUCAAUUAUGCAGAUGCAGCAACAACGUUUGGUUUUUCUGACGGUUUUGUUAUGCAGCCUUGCUGCGACAAAGGCGAGCCCGCUGAGCCUCAACCUAGAUGAAAUAUCGGACUCUGGUAUCGCCCUGUCCAACCUGACCUGGGGCGAGUCGAGCAGCUCCGUGGAACAGCCGCUGCAGCGACCCAAUGCCGCCGAUUUCUCCGAUGAGGAUGAGGACGACGAGUAUUAUCCAUUGUAUAUGAAUGAAUUGGGCAGAGACGCGCACAGCUGGGACGUGCUCAUAUUCACGCAGCAAUGGCCCGUGACCACCUGCUACCACUGGAGGGAGGAGGAUCCGACGCACGAGUGCACGUUGCCGCAGAAGAAGGAGUUCUGGACCAUACACGGCAUCUGGCCCACCAAAAUUGGCCAGAUCGGACCAAACUUUUGCAACAGAUCCGCCGAAUUCAAUCCGGAUCAGCUGCAAGCGAUUAUUGAUCGCUUAAACACCUACUGGAUGGACCUGGAGGGCGACUCAUCACAGGAAUAUCUCUGGAAGCACGAAUGGCUGAAGCACGGCACCUGCGCCGCCGUGCUCGAUGCCCUCGACAAUGAGCUAAAGUACUUUGGCCAGGGCCUGAAGUGGCGCGAACAAUACGUCAUAGCCAACAUACUGGAUGCGGCGGGCAUACAUCCCGACUCCAACAAUACGGUCAUUGCUUUGAACAAUGCCCUGGUGCGCGGCCUGGGCAAGAAUCCCUCCAUACAUUGUCUAUUCGAUGGCAAGCACGACAUAAGCUUUUUGUCGGAAAUCCGAAUUUGUUUUGACAAAACACUGCAGCUGAUCGACUGCGAUGGCGUCAAGCUGGGCGAUGUGGUGGCCAUCAAGUAUCCUGGCGGCACAGUGAACACCAAUUGCCACAUUGGCAAUCCUGUGCAUUAUCCCAGCCUGGUUCCUCCGCUGCUACGCAAAGAGCAAUGGAAAUUCCCCUUGGUCAAUGUCUACAAGCUCUUGCAGUUUCUCAUGUGGUUCACAUUGUAAAGUCCUCCAAUCUUCAGUCCGUCUUUACGUUCUAGUAGCUAAGUUGACGCAUCAUUUGUUAUAACCCUCACAGACAUCGAGAUCCUAUUACAACAUAUUUCUUUAUGUAAUUGUAUUAAACGUAUAAACCCUGGACCUGAGGCUAAAUUGUAUUAAAACGACGCACGUGAUCGAGCAAAUAUCACUACUA